AUGUAUCACAACUUUGUUCCCUCCGAUUUCGAACAAUUCGAUAAUUCUACAAAAGAGGCUCUUGUUAUCAUUGGGAAUGCUCUUGUAUUUAUUACUCAAUAUUCCAAUAAACUAAGCUUCUGCCUCGCAGUUAUUGGUGUCUUCAUGAACGCGUUUCAUGUUUUCAUCCUCUCCAAAAAAUCGGCAAUCUCAAAUGUGAUCAAUGUAAUUCUGCUGGGCAUCGCUAUCAGUGACAUGAUGAACUUGAGCGUGAUAGCUGAAAAAAUGUUCUUUUUAAUUUACCGAGAUGCAUGUACCCUUCCAGAUAGUUCUUUUAUCACAAAGCUACUUAAUUUUCUUGAAUUCAUGAAGGACGACUCCCGAAGACUAUCCACGUGGCUUGGUGUUCUUAUGGCAUCUCUUCGCUAUUUGAUCCUAAAAAAUGAUCUAAAUCCGAACUUUGACUUUCUCUUCAAAUCAUCGUCAGGCUGGAAAUCCUUGGCUAUCGCAUCCACAAUCAGUUUUCUAAUGUCUCUUUUCUAUUGGAUUCGCGUGGAUCUUUUUUCUGUAGUCUGGGUACCUCCGAAAGCCUGUGGGUACCCGACUAACUUUAGUAUGCUCAAAUAUAGCUAUAAAACGAAUGAACUGUUCUUCAGUGGGAGAGAAACCUUUAAGUCUUUGAUAGCUUUCGAUGGAAUUUUAAAGAUCAUUCCUGCUUUUGUUCUUCCAAUCCUAGCUGCUUUGUUGGUAAGGGAACUCAAAAAGGCAGAAGUUUCCAGAAAGAAAAUGCCUGUAUCUUCUCAAAGUGCUAAUAAUUCUGAUAACACUUCUAAAUUGGUUAUCAUUAUGACGAUUACUUGUAUCUGUGCUGAAGGACCGAUGGGAAUAGCAUUCGUAAUUGAAGGACUGGUAGCAGAUGUUUCAGCGUUGAGACUACUAGUCAUUUACUUUGAGGGAAUACUUUUCACUUUCGUUAUUUUGAACGCAACUACUCACUUUUUCAUCUGUCUCGGAGUUUCGACAACGUAUAAAAAAACAGUUAAUGAGUUUUUGGGGUACAAGAAACCACAAAAGCAUAUAACAUCCAUAAAUCCAAAAAUCAGUUCAACAAGUACUGUCUCGCGGAGACAAAUAGCUAGGAUAGAUGGUUAA